AUGCCUCGCGAUCCGUUAAUCGGCCUCGUAGGCAAACCUUCUAGUGGAAAAUCGACGACUCUGAACAGUUUGACUGAUGCUUCGUCUAAAGUUGGUUACUUCACAACAAUCGAUCCACAACGAGCAAUCGGAUAUCUUCAAAUAGACUGCGCCUGCAAACGAUUCAAUCUGACAGAUAAAUGCCGCCCAAACUACGGCGGAUGUACCGGCGGACGAAGAUCUGUGCCCAUUGAACUUCUCGACGUUGCCGGAUUGGUACCUGGAGCGCACGAGGGGAAGGGUCUUGGGAAUAAGUUUCUGGACGAUUUGAGACAUGCGGAUGCUUUGAUUCAUGUUGUUGAUGUGAGUGGGACGACGGAUGCUGAAGGGAAGGAGACUCGAGGAUAUGAUCCCUCACAAGAUAUUGUGUGGUUAAGAUCGGAGAUUGUGCGAUGGGUUCAGGGGAAUUUAAUGGAGAAAUGGGGCUCUAUCAAGCGGAAACACGUCGCAACAAAGGCAAAUCCAGUCGAAACAUUACAAAACCAAUUCUCCGGUUACGGAAGUACUCCACAAACAGUGGCCCGAUGUCUCGAUCGUCUCAAUGUAAAAGAACCUCUCGAAGACUGGUCGAACGAGACGAUUGAAAAAGUGGUAAAUGCAUUCGUCGACGAAAAGUUUCCCACCGUUUACGCAUUGAAUAAGAUUGAUCACCCGGAUGCAGAUAAGAAUAUAAGCAAAAUUGCCCGAAUGCAAGACCCAAACUCAAUCGUGCUGUGCUCAGCAAUAUCAGAAGUGUUUCUACGAAGGCUCGCAAAACAAAAAUACGUCAAAUACGUUGAAGGAAGCGAAUUCGUCGAUACGCGAGAAGAUCUUAUUGAAAUGGGUGAUCCUGAUGGCGGAGGAUUGAAAGAGAUGGACGAGAAAUUGAAGCAACGUGUUGAAAAUCUUAAAGAUAUGGUUCUAUAUCGAUUCGGCUCUACUGGUGUUGUGCAAUGCCUCUCACGGGCUGCGGAGGUUUUAGGACUUGUGCCUGUAUUUCCCGUGCGGAAUAUUCAUACAUUUGCCUCCGGGUCAGGGUCAAAUGCUGUAUUUCGAGAUUGUGUUUUGGUUAAAAAAAACAGCACAGUAGGAGACGUAGCGCGGAAAGUUAUGGGUGAUGUCCCUAUAGCCUAUGUUGAAGGAGCUGGAGGAGUACGUGUUUCUGAGGAUGAGAUUGUUGCAGUUGGGAAACAUGAUGUACUCUCUUUCCGAGUUGGCCGCUAA